CACUUGGACCGUCAACACCUCAAUUUGAAAGCAGCUCACCAUGACUGGACGCGGCAAGGGAGGCAAAGGACUCGGAAAAGGAGGCGCCAAGCGGCAUCGCAAGGUUCUUCGCGACAACAUCCAGGGCAUCACCAAGCCGGCCAUCCGUCGACUGGCUCGUCGUGGCGGCGUGAAGCGUAUUUCCGGACUUAUCUACGAGGAAACGCGCGGUGUGUUGAAGGUGUUCCUGGAGAACGUGAUCCGUGAUGCGGUCACCUACACCGAGCACGCCAAGCGGAAGACCGUCACGGCCAUGGACGUCGUGUACGCCCUGAAGCGCCAGGGACGCACGCUGUACGGAUUCGGAGGAUAAGUGGAAGUUCCGUUCAUCAUUGAAAUUAAACGGCCCUUUUCAGGGCCACUAAAUCAAUCACGAAAGAGUUGAUUCUACAACCUAAAUUCUGCCAAACGAUUCUACUUAGUCAAGUUAAUUGGAAAAAGGACAUCAAUUUGAAUCGUUUUCCAUUUCAAACGCAACGACCGAUUCCGUAGACGAUUCAAACUGAAAAU